AUGACGGCGGGGCGGGAACGUUUGCGAGGCGGAACAGGGAAGGCGGGGCCCGGAGCGCGGGAGCAGCGGGGAGCCAUGUUGGCGGCUGCGGCCCGUGGGAGCCGCGGGUUCAGCUCCUGGCUGCCCCAGGCGGUUCCCUCCAGAGGAAGACACUGGCAGACAUCGCUGCUGGCCCUCGGGGCAUCGCUCCCUGUGAGAGCACAACCGAAGAAGAAGAAGAAAGUGGAUGUAAGGAAAGAGCAAGCACAGAAGGAUCGUAUGAAAAAGAAAAUUAAAAAGUUGGAAAAAGCUGCCCCAGAAAUGGUUCCAAUUGAGGAUUUUGUAACACCACUUAAGUACUCAGAUAACAGCAGGGUGCGAAGUCUUCCCCCUCUGUCAUUUGAGGAGACUGAAAGAAGAGUUUUACUUAUGAAAAAGUGGUCUUUGUUUAAGAUGAAACAAGAUAAGGCAGAAAAGAAAGCAAUUCAGACCCUUGUAGAAGCUCAGCAAGAGGCACUAAAGGAACUACGCCUUGAAUCCGAGGAGUUGUACCAGGCAGCAAUCAGACGAGAUGAAGGGCUUUUCCCCUUUGAGAGAGAUGGACCUAAUUAUACCCCACCACUUCCUGGUUAUGAUCCUCCUGAAGGAAAAUGUGUAGAUAUCACCAAAGUGUAUACGCAGUGAUGGAGGAGUUUGUUGUUCAUCUGGCACAAGCUAUUCAGCCAACUGAAGGAGGAAAGAAUGGAAUAAGAAUAAACAAUUCCUACUGCAGGUUAAAAUACUGUAGGUGUGUGAUUAAAAAAAAAAGUAUUAAUGAA